CACCACCGUUAGGCGGAGGGAAACUGGAGGCCGGGGGAGGGGGCGGAGGUCAGGCCGAAUCUUCCUUCGUAAUAAGAAGCGACGCGUCCCGGGGUCCUGGCACCGUGGGUCCAGUCGGAUCGGACCUGGGCGCUGGAGCUACUGCAGCUCCCACCACGGGGGUGCGAUGGAGGCCGUGCCGGCGCCCAGCACACAUGCGGGGGGAGGCCAGGACAGCCGACGGUGCUUGUAGAUGAGGCGGCGGCGGCGGCAGCCGGGGCUCUCCAUGAGCAAGCGGCGGCGGCGACGGGUGCGGCAGCACCGGCGGUUUUCGGUCCCCGGGGAGGAUGAAGACACUGUUUGAAGAGAUCAAAGCAUCAAUUAAAAAUAACUACAACCAAGAUCGAUCAUUCUGGAGACCUGUUCUUCCUUGGGGAGGUGUUUUUACUAUCAAAGCUGGCCGCAAAGCAGUAUCCUGUAUGCCACUCUAUGUUGAAAUAAGACUGAAAAAUACUUGCACCAUAGACGGAUUCUUGAUGUUAUUAUAUGUCAUUCUGAAUGAAAAUGAAAAUUUCCCCAGGGAACUCUCUCUUCACUUUGGGAGAGAGUUUGUAGAUUGUUUUCUUUAUUUAAUGGACACCUACAGUUUUACAACUGUGAAGCUGCUUUGGAUUUGGGACAAGAUGGAAAAACAGCAAUACAAAUCUGAAGUUCAUAAAGCUUCAUUAAUAAUUGAUUUGUUUGGGAAUGAGCAUGAUAACUUUACAAAAAAUCUUGAAAAUCUUAUGUCCACCGUUCAAGAGAGUUACUGUUCCAACUGGCGAUGCCCAACUCGAGUACAGGAAGAUCAGCAGCGCACAAUUAAUAUAAAUCCUCCUCAAGAAAUUCCACAUGGAAACUUGAUACGCCUGGCUGUGGAUGAGUUAUUCUGUUCCAAGAUUGAACUGUGUGAAGAACGUGGGUGUGGCGGCUUAAGAGAAUUUUCCCAGCGCGUUUUUUGCCAUGGGGCUCCCCCUUUUGUUGUCUUAAAUAUGCAGCAUUGGAAAUCUGAAGAUCUGGCAUAUGUCCCCUAUUACUUGGAUUUAUCUGAUCACAAGUAUUUGUUGGAAGGUGCCACAUUAUUUAACAAAGAAGAACAUCAUUAUUCUGCAGCUUUCCAGAUUGAUGGACAUUGGAUGCACUAUGAUGGCCUCAGAAAUGUGAAUUUAAUUUUGUUAAAUAAACCCCCAGAGUUUCUCCUCUUGUCAUCAUUGGUUUAUAUUCGAGCAGCAGAGAAAUAAAUAUAGACUGAUGCUAAAUUAAAUUGUUUUCCCUCCUGCCCAUGCUCCCAGAUGAGGGGCUUUAUUUUGUGUGUACUUGGCAUCCAAGGGACUAGUUCAACUACAAUAGUUGCAGAGGUAUGUUUUCUAUUGUUUUAGUCCCAGGUAAAUGUUUUAUAUAUAGGAUCUAUGCAAAAGUGUUUGUAUUUCUUUUUUAUAUUUCCUGGGUUAUUUUUAUAUAAGCAUAUUUUGUGUUGAAAUAAAAUAUAUCUUGUGGCCUUUGUAUUUUUUAUUUUUAUGUACCUUGAAGAUUUUUACAAGUCUGUCCUUGAAUCCAAGAAAAUACUUUGUCAUCUGAAUUAUAAAUUUUUCUUUUUAGAUUCAAGUAAAACCUGGGUAAAAGUCAGUAUUGAUGUUUAUAUAAAUUUAACAGUUCAAAACAUAUUUUUUUGCCCUACCUCACUAUAAUGCAAAGUGCACUACUGGAUCUAAUAUGGAUUUGAUUGUACAACUUACAAAUGGUUUUGUUUAGUUUACCUGCUGAUUUGCCGAAUUUGCCUGCAGCAGUUUUUGACAAUAUUUAUGUGAGAAAAUUUUCUGAUCUUAAACUAUUUCGUCAUAGUAGCAAAUUACUUCAACCACUCGCUGAAGUAUUAUAAACCUGCCAAGCUUAUAGAUAUUGUUGCAGAUAAAUUAUAUAACUAUUCUGAAUGUUAAUCUCAUGAUUAAAUAUAAUGAAAAUGCUUUAAUAAAAAUGUAUUUUGCACAUAUGACACCUAUAAAAAAAUUAGGCAACUGGUUGUUUACUGGUAUUGGACUAACAAUAGAAAUGUAAAAUAUGUGCCUGGAAAUAUUUCUUUUCCUAGUGAAAUUUUAUAUUGGCACAAAGAAAACAAAUACUUAAAUUUUUGGAAUAACAUCUGCUGGCUCCCUUGUAAGUAGUAAUUGAUAGCAUGAGACUUUGACUUGCAACAUAAAUCACUAGAAUUUUAUAGUUAUAAGAAUACUGUAUUUCUUUAUAAAGACUCUAAGAUAACUCAUCCUUUUGCAAUUUAAGGGAAAAAAUAAGAUUCCUAAGGGAAAAUACUUUUUGAGAUUUAUCACCAUUUAUUUUAAUGUUUACAUCUGAAUAAAUCGUCCACUUAUGUUUGGGGUUGAGAUUAAAAAGCACUAUAUUUAGAUAUUUCUACAUGACAACACACACAGAUCACUGCCAAAUACCUAACUGCUAAGAUUUCAUUCAAUAAAUUAAAU